AAAGUAUUUGAACAGAGUCCCUUUUUUCGGUUUUCGUCCUGUGGCUUCGUCUGUAACGCGAGAGCGAUCCGACGGCGUCCGAAUUCACGAAGAGUAAUUUCCCGGGAAAAUUUUCACAAACCACAUGGAAUCUUGCCCUUCCAUUAAAAACAUUCUUCUUUUGGAUUCCGAAGGGAAACGUGUAGCUGUCAAGUAUUAUUCAGAUGACUGGCCUACAAAUAGUGCAAAGGAAGCUUUUGAGAAAGCCGUUUUCACCAAAACUCAGAAGACGAAUGCUCGAACAGAGGCGGAGAUAGCAAUGUUUGAAAACAAUAUAGUGGUUUACAAGUUUGUUCAAGACCUUCAUUUUUUUGUUACGGGUGGAGAAGAUGAAAAUGAGCUCAUUUUAGCAUCCGUUCUUCAGGGAUUUUUUGAUGCUGUGGGCAUUCUUCUUAGGGGUAAUGUAGAAAAGAAGGAGGCACUUGAGAACUUGGACCUCAUUUUACUAUGUCUCGAUGAAAUUAUUGACGGAGGCAUUAUUCUCGAGACAGAUGCAAAUGUCAUUGCAGGGAAGGUCGCAAGUCAUAGCAUUGACACUGGUGCUCCUUUGUCUGAACAGACAAUAAGUCAGGCAUUGGCCACAGCUCGCGAACAUCUAGCAAGAUCUCUUCUUAAAUGAUAUGUUUGGCUGAUAAAAGUGAGUGAGUCCUACCCGGAAAAGGGGGAAAAGAAUCAGGUUGAGAUAACCUGGUGUUUUGAUAAAAGAUGAUUAAUGUUGAGUUAUCAAUAGCCUCAUGUGUUGUAUAUUCCGCUCAUAUUCUGCUGUGUGCCUUCGGCUAAACCUGAUUUUUGGAUUUGAGCAGAUGUGGUGCAUUGUGAGAUUAUGUUAAAUGUGGAGUUACCAGAUUUUCUGAAUCAAUGUCUUAAUUUUUUUUUU